CGUCGUCCCCUCGGCUCAUGCCCCAGAAGCAGAUCCCGACUCCGCGGCCUGACCGCCCUCCGAGCGCGUACGCCUCACCGCCGCCCGCUGCCAGGCCGUCGGUGACGCGCUACGUCUGCGCCGCCGCGCCGCGUGACGUCAUGGCGCCCGCGCCGCUGCCGUCACCGGGGCCGCGUAGGUCUUUUCCUAGUAACCUGGGCGAUAGCUGUGAAUGUUCACAAGGAUCGUCUUCAGUCAUGGCCUUGGGUUUAAGGUGCUUCCGCUUGGUCCACCCUGUCUUUUGUAACUCCCUUGCAGCCUGGACCAGACCUGUUUCAGAAGGGACACUGAAGACAGCGAGUGGAAGACAAAAUGACCGUGGGCAAUCCGUGGCCCCCCCGGCUGUACCAAUCCGUCAUUUUGCUACCAAGAAAGCCAAAGCCAAAGGGAAAGGACAGUUCCAAACCAGAGUGAAUCUUAACGCUGCCUUGGUUGAGGAUAUAAUCAGCUUGGAAGAGGUGGAUGAAGAAAUGAAGUCCGUGAUGGAAGCACUCAAAGACAAUUUCAAUAAGACUGUCAAUAUAAGGACCUCACCAGGAUCCCUUGAUCAUAUCACUGUGGUAACUGCUGAUGGGAAGCUUGCUUUAAACCAGAUUGGCCAGAUCUCCAUGAAGUCUCCACAACUGAUUUUGGUGAAUAUGGCCAGCUUCCCAGAGUGUACAGCUGCAGCUAUCAAGGCUAUAAGAGAAAGUGGAAUGAAUCUGAACCCAGAAGUGGAAGGGACGCUAAUUCGGGUACCCAUUCCCAAAGUAACCAGGGAGCACAGGGAAAUGCUGGUGAAACUGGCCAAGCAGAACACCAACAAGGCCAAGGAUUCCUUGCAGAAAGUUCGUACCAAUGCAAUGAAUAAGCUGAAGAAAUCAAAGGACAAGGUCUCAGAGGACACCAUUAGGCUCAUAGAGAAACAGAUUAGCCAAAUGGCCGAUGACACCGUUGCAGAGCUGGACCGGCAUCUGGCAGUGAAGACCAAAGAACUCCUUGGAUGAGAGUCCCCCCAGGGCAGCAGUACUCCGGAUCCCGGUUUCUGGUGGAUCCCAUGGAUGGCAGAUUGGCCCCUUUCUUCUCUGCCCACACGGAAGGCUGUCACAUGCGGUUACCAGUCUUUGUGAGGCUCAGGCUUCUAGUGCGACACCCCGACUUGGGCACUCUCUUCCUCCUGUUCCCUGUCCACCCCAUUCUGCUCUGGCCCUCUGCCUUGGGAGGCCCUCAGAGCGUACCAGCUGUGACGGGUGGCCUCUACUUAGGGCAUUUGCCUGAUGGUGACAUUGCCAAACGACUAGGACUAUCAGCGGGCUCAGCACCGUCUGUUUCUCAUCUCGGGAGCCUCCUUUUCAGUUAGUUGGGCCCCAUCCCUGGCUUUGAACUCUGGGCUGAUGUGGGCCUUCGCCUGUGACUGGAUCCCUUUGCUAGAGGCUUGUUUUUACCGAACAAUAAAAUCAAAAUCAAUUGGAAAGAAUAAUCACCACAAAGGAAUGGAUAGUCUGGAUUCAUGGUCUCUGAGGACCCAUAUGUAAAGCCACUGGAACAGUUUUUGCCUCUGAGUCAUCCUCGCACGUGCUCUUUUCUCUGCCCACACCGUUGUGCCUCUGCUGGCCUACCUGGCCGGUCCUGGUCAAGGACCAGCUUGGGUAUCACCUCCUCUGGAAAGUCUUCCCUUCCCCCCAGCCUGGGACUCCCCUUAUUGGCUGUCAGCACUGCCCACUGCUUUUAUCUGAACGUUCACUAGUCUUUGUGAUAAUUAGUCUGUAUAUCUUUAUUUUCCUCAGAACUUGGCAUAAUGCCUAGACCAUAGUAGGCAUUCAGAUGUGUUGUAAAUGAAUUGUACAAAGUAGCUGCUCAACAAACACGGCCUGCUUUUCCUUUCUUUCCAGUCAUAACACCAUCACUCUGUCAUUUUCUACUCUUGCCUUUGUCCUCAACAUUUACUUGGUAAUGAGAUAGGUUUCCCACAGGGCCUGCCUGUUGUUGACAGACGAGUGCUUUGUUGUGGCUUAUCUUUGGGUACUGGGUAAAGUAAGGGUUUUUUCUUUCUAGUAAUAUUCUUUUCUUUUUUCUCUUCUCUGCUCUUUUCUUCUCUUUUCAUUCUCUCAUUCAUAACAUACAGCUAGAGACAGUUCUAGGCAUCACCUUUAAUCUUGGUAAACCUGCAAGAUAAUGUGUUAUCUUCAUUUUAUAAGUAGGAAAACUGAGACUUGACAAUAUUAGAUAACCCCCAAAGUAACAAGCCUAGUAAGUGAUAGAGGGUUUCAUUACUCAUUGUCAGACUCAUUUUGCAGAGACAGGGGAGCUCAAGAGAGGUUAAAUUUCUUGCCCAGGGUUACACAGCUAGCGAGCAGCCGAGCUGGGAUUCCGACUGACGCCUGAUCUGAAGCUUGUGUUCUACCCACGGCAUCCUGCAGCCUUCGUGAACAUUCAGUGAGCGCCAACUGUGUGUCAGGUACCGUGCGUGCUCCAGGCUGGGCAUGCAAAACUGGGUAAGACGUGACCUCUGUCUUGGAGGGGUGCACAGCACACUGGACUAAGUCGUUAGCCACAGUGUCUCGGGUGGAAGAUAGGAAGUUCAUUCCCAUCUUGCCAGAUGUCUGCCUUUAGAGUGGAACGACUUGGGCAGCUUGGGGCCUGGCCGCACUCCUUCGAAGCAGCAUCCGACUUUUCUUUGCUGUCUGACUCCUCUUAGAUCCUGUCCCUUGCGGGAAGUCUGCUCUUCGCCCUCUGCUUGUCCUGGUAGAGCACAGUGUACACAGCCCGUUGGGGUUCAAGGUCAGAAUCAGGUAAAAAAUGAAAGAAGCUAACCUAGUCUCCUGCCCCACUUACCUGUCCUCAAUCCAGCGCCAUUCACCAGCCCCGAGUAGCCACCGCACGAUCAGAAGUCAGGUGGGGGAGGACAGGGAUAGACUCAGCAAUCAAGGAGCCGUUUUCGGGGUAAGCCACACGGCAGGGGCAUGGCUGAAAUCCCCCACUCACAGCAAAUGUGCUCCUCAAAGAUGCAGGAUUUUUUAAUAAACAGAGGAAAUGAUAAAUUAUGUUGUAACUCCACUCCAAAGGCAUUUGGUUCUUAACAGCCAAAUCCUCUGUAGUCUUUAAAUAAACAAAAACUUAUUUGGUGAACAGACGGGCUUGGGGAGGGGUUGGAAAAUGAAAGAUUUUCUGUACUUGGGUCCCACAUGUCAACAAUUUCUCUCCUGUGUGUAUGUUGGCCAAAGCUGUAUAUCAUGAUAAAUGAAUAAAGGAAAACCUCGAGCCCAGGGCAGUCAGACAGCUCAGC